CGUCACCGAGCGCAUCCUUGAGGAGCGCGCAGCCGCUGAAGAAAACAUCCUACAGCUCGACCACCCGUUCAGCUGGAGGAUCGGCCUCAAGAAAUUCAUGGAAAUUAAAUAGAAAUUCAUUACCUUUGCUUUUUGUUUUUUGUUUUCUGAUCACAGCCAAGCCAUUGGACGCCAAAAUGGCUGAGAUGACCAAUUUAAAACCAACCUAUGAUGUGUCCCCGGUGCUUGCAGGUUUUCUGGGUGCAGGGGUCUUGGUUGUGUCCGUGACAGUGGCUGUUUUCCUGUGGACAUGCUGUCAGAGGCGAUAUCGUCAAAUGACAGGUGCGUACAAGCUGACCAGUGGCCCCUACGACCCCCCCGUCGACCCCCCCUACAAGUUCAUCCACAUGCUCAAAGGUAUCAGCAUCUACCCUGAAACCCUCAGCAACAGUAAGAAGAUUGUGCGGGUGGGACGGCGCUCUGGAUCGAACUCCUUGUUGAGAGAAUGGGGUCGUGGGUCCCGAAAUGGUGACGUGCUGCUUGUGGAUGCAGAUCCAGAAUGUGGUACCGCACAUCUACAAAUGAACCACCUGGUCCCCCCGGUAGGUCCUCCCAGACUGGAGAGGGCGCUGCCUAUCCGGGCCGACUACUGCUGUAUGGAGAGCAGCUCAGGAAGCAGCAGCGAAGCUCACAGCAAAACGGCGUCUCCUUACAGUCUCAACUCCCCUUCUCUGGGGACGCUCAGUUUGGCCAUUGACUACAACUUCCCCAAGAAAGCCCUGGUCGUGACUAUCAUAGGUGCACAGGGGCUCCCAGCAGUGGACGAACAGGCAGGCAGCUCUGACCCCUAUGUGAAGAUGACCAUUCUGCCAGAGAAGAAGCACCGGGUGAAGACGCGUGUCCUGAGGAAGACUCUGGAGCCUGUGUUUGACGAGACGUUCACCUUCUACGGCGUCCCAUAUAGCUCGCUGCCAGAGCUUACGCUGCACUUCCUGGUGCUCAGCUUUGAUCGAUUUGCACGGGAUGAUGUCAUCGGGGAGGCAGUGGUGCCAUUGGAAGGCGUGGAUCCAAGCACGGGGCGAGCGCACAUCACGCAGCAAAUUAGCAAGAGGAACACACAGUGUGAAAGCCGUGGGGAGUUGCUGGUCUCUCUGUCCUAUCAUCCUGUUACUCACAGGCUCAAUGUGGUCGUCCUAAAGGCCAAACACCUUCCAACCAUGGACAUCACUGGCCUGUCAGGCAACCCUUAUGUUAAAGUGAACGUCUUCUACGGCCGCAAACGCAUAGCCAAGAAGAAGACACACGUGAAGAAAUGCACACUCAAUCCCGUAUUCAAUGAAUCAUUUAUCUACGAUGUUCCCGCUGAGCUAAUGCCGGACAUCUCCGUGGAGUUUCUGGUCAUCGAUUUUGACCGCACCACAAAGAAUGAGGUCGUGGGUCGGCUGGUUUUGGGUGGUCAGAGCCCCAUUCCAUCAGGGGUCACCCACUGGAGGGAAGUCUGUGACAACCCGCGACGGCAAAUCGCCAAGUGGCAUAACCUUAUAGAGUACUAGUGUCUGGCUAAAAAGCAAGGUGUAUUAUACCACUUCCUUCCUAUCAGUCCCUCUAUAGAAAGAAGCUCUCAUUAAACAGUCUCCUUUUCCAUAUACAGAUAGUGAGUGGACGAGUGAGUGUGUAAGUAUAAAGGAUCAGGAGCACUCUAAUGGAAACACUUUUCAAGUUCUCUAAAGAACUAUUAGCAAAAAAGCUUCAUCAUAGCAGAAAAAAAAAGAAAAAAAUGACCAUGCUAAUGUGGUCUUCGGCUCUGAUUAAAAAUAUACGACAGUAUCCUCAGAGCCUUUCACCAGUAUAUUCAUAAUAUACACACACUACUUUCGAUUAGCCGCAUGUUAGCGAUAAUAAGACACUUUUACCAUAAAAGAGGACUGCGAGCUUCAAGCCCACUUUUUCGAGAAAAUAAAGCGUGAAUGUUUUCGUAGUGUAGGAUAAAAGUGAACGAAUGGUGAUAUAAGCUGGACACCAUCAUGAACAUUUUUGCUAACAUGCUAACAUUUACAAGGCUGAAAUAUGGCUAUUAUUCAUAUUCAGCUGAAGCAUUUUUAGCAGUCUUUUUUAAGAUGCCAUUUGUCUGAAAAUACAAUACGUGAUGUUAAGAUUUCAGUCAUUCAUCAAGAAUGAAAAUUUAUGACCUUCAGCUCAGGAUUCAAAAUGAAUUUGACUUAUUAAAAGCCACUCUACACUUCCUCCAUUUUUACGCUGUAGCUGAUUAAUUUAUUUGUAGCUGUACGUAAAUUGAAUUGUUCAUUUCUCCAUUCAAUUCAAUUCAAUUUCAUUUAUGUUCAUUUAUAUAGUGCUUUUACAAUGUAGAUUGUGUCAAAGCAGCUUAUCAUAGAAGUUGUAGUAAAGUCCAGAUUUCAGAGUUGAUCAGAUUUCAUAACUUGGACGAAGCACUUCUAGAAAUAUUUGUUCUCGGCAUAUCUCAAUAUACUUUUUUUCAUGUUCCUUAGGCAUUUCUAUGCACAUUUCCAUUUCACUAUAAAGAACUUUUUGACCCAGUUGCUGUGCCCACAGCACAGAGAUCAGGGAAGGUUCGGUCAAAACAAAUUGCAAGGAAAACUGAGAUAAAAUAUCAGUAAAAGCCAAAUGUGACAGACAAUUGCAUAUUGUCUUCAAAUUUGUACAUUUUAAAUGUACCUAACAUCCUUUCUAUUGCCAUCAGAUGUGUUUUUAAGGCCACACUUAAUUCUUAAGGCCAUAAUUCGUAAUAUCUAUGGUCAAGAUGUACAUAAUGUAUCAUAGUGUGUAGCACUGGUACCUUUAUUCUCCUCUUCAUAGCACCAUUGAAAAUCACCAAAUAUACGUUCAAACUUUUGACAACAAAUUUUAGCCCUAACUUUUAAAAUCCUAAUCAAUAGCUUGAGAUAUAUGCAGAUUCAGACCGAUUCUUUGCACUUUCUUAGAGUACUGUAUUUAUUUUUUAUGAUUUAUGAUCUAAAGAAAAACUAUAUAUAAAUAUGUAUAUCAAAAACCUAAUAUCUAUGAUAGGACUAAUGACCGUAUUGAAGUUAGGAUUUUGGCUCACCAAAGUAGUAGGGCCGAUGUUUUGUGAGGUGUUGGUGACGGCAAUGAAGCAGCUCACACUGCAGUCUCGGACAGUCCUCCGCGCACAGACGGUCUCAGAGUCAAUGUUUGAAGGCUUGUAAUGUGCGCGUGGAUGUGUUCCCAAUGAUGUCAUUCAGUGCCCACGGUCCCCGAGGCACAUUUACACGACAUAUUCCCAGUGCAAAUGAUGAGCGCAUAUUUAGUUUAGGCCUGAAAGAGGGAGAAAAAAGAAGUCGAAUGACUCAUUAGAGAUAUUUCGUAUUUAACAUGUAAAAUUAAUAUAGCAGUAAAUUAGGCCCCGGCGUUCACUGCAGUCAAGCUCAUUGCGAGUCAUUAGGACCAUAUAAUGAGAUUACCUCGUUUAUUAGGAAAAAAGAAAUGGCAUUCCAGUCACAUUUUCAAGAACCCAUCAUCCUUCUAUUCCACUUCAAGGCUGUACAUUUACGAUAUCAAAAGUGAAGAUGUUUUUAACCCUGCAUGCAUUCACUAUUCAAAUUUCUGCUUCAAAACUUGUGUAUAUAUUACAGUUUUUAGUGGUUUAUAUGACAGCGAAACCCACUUUUGUAAAAAAGGCAACCCAAAUCACACUAAGUGAAUGUGAUUUUUCUUUAUUUUAACCCUCAGCUCCUUGUGUUAAUCUAACCUCUACAGUUUUUUUUACAGACGCUAGGACACAUUUCUUGAUACUUAGGUCACUUUUGCAAAACUCUUCACACAGUGAGCACAACAGAAGUCUAUGUGGGCUAAACUCAGGAUCUAUUAUCAUUGUUUUGGCACAAAAUGCAUUCAAUGACUACAUCUCUCCAAUUUCAUCAAUUCUUUUCUCACUCAGACACCACAACUGCCAAAAACAUUUGUACGAACAGAAAAUUUUGCACGAGCUUACAUACUGUUUUCAAAACUUAUGUUCAAAACAAUAACAUCAUGCAAAACUGAAUAAGACAGCAAAAUUUAACAGCAAUAUUUGAUUGAAACAUAUUUCAAAUCCAAAAAUGCAGACUAACCAGCCAGAUUAGCAUUAUUAUUGUAUCUGUAUCAGUGGAUGGUGUAUACAAAUUCUUGUAUUUUGGAAUUACUGCAUAAAAAAAUAAAAAUAAAUAAGCGACAUAAAAUAAUGAGGAAUUCUACAUCAUGUCUGAUUCAUUUCAAUAACAUAUAUUGCAAUUAUAAACAGAGAUGUGUCCUUGUUUCACACAAGAAAACACUGUAAUGCUACAUGUAAGUGUUUGCUAGGUCAUUGUUUUGUGGGUGACAAAGUGUGUUUGUCGGCUGAUAAUCUUUGCUAGUGUUCUGGAAGAAUGAGUUUAUUUGAGACCUGAAUAAAGUGUUUUGGUAGUUGUAGUGCAUUUUGAAUGUGAAAUGAACUGCUUUGCCAAGCUGAAAGUUGGUUAGGAGAGUUGUGUGAAGAGUUUUGCAAAAGUGACCUAAGUAUUGAGAAGUGCAUCUUAGCGUCUGUAAAAAAACUGUAAUCUGUUGGGCAUAAAACGCUUGUUUUAUAUCAAUAACUAUAGACAUGAAGAUGAAUAUAACCAUUAGUAAAUAAGUGUUCGUUCCAAUGCACUGGUGGGCAGUAGCACUUUCUGCUCUUCUUGUAUCUAACUGUUUUACCUGGAAUGGAAAUGAUUUUUGGUGUACAUCUCCUGUUUUGGAGUACUAUCUGCCCCUCUUUUCUCUCUGCCACUGGUCCCUAACAAUCCCUCAGUUACUUUCGCUGUUGUGUGUUGUACAAAUGCAUCGAAAGCUGAACAAAGACAGAAAAUAAACUGACUGUAAUAAAUAUAUUAGUCCAUAUGGAUACCGCUGUGUCGAUAUGGUGAAGGUGAGGUGAUGUUAGUGAUUCUGCUUUAUUUUAGGUGUCCCUACAACCGCUGUAUUUGGAUGCUAAACAGUGUUAGUUCACCACAGCUGUAGCGUGAUUCAUGUUGGCCUUUUUCGAUAUUUGUAAGUACAAGCGAGUUGUCUAUGUAUAUUGUAGGUACAGUGUAAAAACAUGUACUUUUACAUACCUGGCUUAAUACUGCUCAUUUCAUGAUUGUCAGGGACAUCUAACAUAAAGUGUAAUGAAGUGUAAUGCUUUUGAGGGCAAGUUAUCUGCAUACUGCUGUGAGUUUAUGCUAAAAACAGUAUGUUUCACUAAUGCUGACUUGUACUGUAUGUUGAAGUUGUUAACACAUUGGACGUGCAAAUAAAAUAAAAACUGAUACACUA